GUUAAGCCGAAUACAUGUGUUUUAGUAAUAAAAUAACAACAAAGUGUAAAUGUUUUUGUUUCUUGUUGAAAAUACUGAUUGUUCAAAUUAUCAACAGGAUAUUAUUAAUACGUCUGUUAUUAUAUCUAUAUUUUUCUUUUUCUUAUUGAACCUAAAAUGGAUACGUUAAUUGUUGUACCGUUAAAAAGACCAAUUGAAGAUGAUUUAAUAAAACCAGCAUUGACAACUUUAUUUCAUUCAACAUUUACAUCCGAUUAUCAUGAAAUAAAUUAUGCAAAUCUUAUUGAAGAUUUUGCAAGUUUAAGAACUGAAGCUAUUUGGGGAGCAUUUGAUAAACAUGAAAAUUCAUUGGAAAAAUUAUACAGAUAUUAUGAUCAGCUUUGUUCUCUUGAAGAAAGAAUACCAACCAACAAAGUUGAAAUUCCAUUCAAGUGGAAAGAUGCAUUUGAUAGAAAGAUAAUCAGCAAUAAAAAUGUUGGUUCAAUAACAACAGAAAAACUUUGUAUUCUAUUUAACAUUGGAGCUCUGCAGAGUGCAGUAGCAUCAAAUCAAUCACUAAAAAGUGACAAAGGCCUACAACUUGCUGCGAAAUUACUUCAGCAAUCAGCUGGAAUUUUUAAUUAUUUAAAACAAUUUAUUGUAUCGUUACACCAAGAUAUAACACUUGAUUUAAGUCUGGAAGUACUGACUGGUUUAUCAGCAUUGAUGUUAUCACAAGCACAAGAAAUAUUUAUAGAAAAAGCUAUUCAAGAUUCAAUGAAAAGCCAAGUAAUUGCUAAAUUAUCUGCACACGCGGGAGAGUUAUAUAAAGAAACAUUAAUAAUUUUUAAAACAAAUAUAUUCACUUCAUUAACGCGAACAAAACAAUGGGUGUCAAUAAUAAAUUCCAAACGAUUGGGAUACCAAGCUCUUGCCCAAAUGUACCAAUCAACAGUAUGCAAAAAUAAUAAACAAUUUGGUGAGGAAAUAUCACGGCUUCAAUGUGCUGUUAAAUUAUUCAAAGAUGCCCAGUACCAAUUCACUUCAGAUAUCUUAACAUCGUGGUCCGACAAAGCUCAAGAAAGAUUAAAAGAAGUUCAAAAAGACAAUCAUUACAUAUACAAUGAAAUAAUUCCAGAUAUUAAAAAUCUUAAAAGAAUAAGUCAAGCUAAAAUUUUAAAACUACAAUUUCCAAAUUGUCCAAUGAGUUUAAAUUUUGAUGAUAUUUUCAAAGACAUACUACCAAUUAAAGUUCAACAAUCAUUACUGACCUUUGAAAAUCUUCGUAAAAAUUUAAUUGAUACAGAGAUUUUAAAGCUUAAAGAGGAAACAAAAAUACUCGAUACAAUUCUGGCAAAUUUAAAUCUUCCCCUGGCAAUUGAAGAAAAGAAAAAUUCACAACCAGUAUAUCAGUCACUAUGUGAAAAAUCAAUUUUCAUCAAACAAUCUGGUGGUAUUGAAGCAUUGGAAAAUAUAUUGAAACGAUUGCCUGAUGUAUCUAAAAAAAAUCAAGAUAUAAUAAAUACAAGUAUUGAAAUGUUAAUUAAAGAACAAGAUGCAGACAAUGAAUUACGAAUUAAAUACAGAGAUAAAUGGACAAGAACAACAAGUGAUAAACUGACCGUUAAAUUACGUAAAAAUCUUCAAGCCUAUCAGGAUACCAUUCACCAUGCUCAUGAAGCUGAUAAAAUACUUGAAAAAUUAUAUGAAGAAAAUAAAGAGUAUAUAAAUAUUCUCAGCAUGGAUGAAGAAAAAUUAUUGAGAAAAUUAUCAUCAGGUGUUGGUGUUAAAGUAAGCUGGACUGUUAUUCAACUGAGAAAAUUAAUUGAUGAUGUUGAUGAUUUACGUGUUGAACGUGAUUUAAUUGAAAAUAAUUUAAAAUCAGCUUUAGUUGAUAUGAAAUCAACAUUUUUAAUAGAACUUGCUAAGAAUGAUGUAAUUGAUGAAUUUAAUUUAUCUGUUGAGAAUAUUAAGAAAACUUAUGGAUCAUUGAUUGGUCAAGUUAGAGAUAAUUUAGCUAAACAAAAAACAUAUGUUAAAAAAAUCCAAUCAGUUUAUGAUUCAUUUAAAAAAGAAAAAUCGGAAAAAGGUGAUGUUGAAGAAACAAUUAAAAAACUUGAUAAAGCAUAUGAUGCUUACAUGAUACUCAAUAAUCAUUUAAACGAAGGACUUGAUUUUUAUAAUGAAUUAAUUGAAAUUUUAAUAAAAUUAAAAAAUAAAAUACUAAAGUAUUGUAUAUCAAGAAAUUCUGAAAAAGAAAAAUUAAUUAACAGUUUGAUUGAUAAUGAAAAUAUUGUUUGUAAGGUAACACGUACAGGAUUUAGUUUAAGUUUUCCAUCAGCAACUGAGACAACAGACUCCCAUGAAUUACCUCACAUGCCAAAACAUUAUAAAUACUGCACUUUUCCUCGUAGUGGGAAAUACUAAAAAUAUAUAUAUAUAUAUACUUGUUCGAAAU